GGCAUCAAGUGCAGUAGGCGCUGUACAUACGGGAACCCUGUACAGUCACGGUCCGGAACAUAUAGGUGUUUGGGCUCAAACGAUAAUCAGGACCCAUGCGAUGGCACGUACAAUGUGACACCCGAACAUGUGUGCGCGUGGCAACUUUAUGUCGACCAUAAAGUUCCGCAGUUGGUCUCCUCCAAUGCCGCACUAAGACAGCAGGGCUAUACAGCUCUUUUCAUGAAAACUGAUACGGAGGACUUUGCUGCCGACUCCAUCAACCGCGCC